AUGUCUGCCAUCACUAAUGUCAGUGAAGAAUUGCUUCCUAGGGAUGGUGUUGAAGACGAAUUUUCUGUCUGUGCCCACACAUUCUUCAGGAGGACCCGCCUCCUCCAGGAGGACCCGCCUCCUCCAGGAGGACCCGCCUCCUUCAGGAAGACCCGCCUCCUUCAGGAAGACCCGCCUCCUUCAGGAGGACCCGCCUCCUUCAGGAAGACCCGCCUCCUUCAGGAAGACCUGCCUCCUUCAGGAAGACCCGCCUCCUUCAGGAGGACCCGCCUCCUUCAGGAAGACCCGCCUCCUUCAGGAAGACCCGCCUCCUUCAGGAGGACCCGCCUCCUUCAGGAAGACCCGCCUCCUUCAGGAAGACCUGCCUCCUUCAGGAAGACCCGCCUCCUUCAGGAGGACCCGCCUCCUUCAGGAAGACCCGCCUCCUUCAGGAAGACCCGCCUCCUUCAGGAAGACCCGCCUCCUUCAGGAAGACCCGCCUCCUUCAGGAAGACCUGCCUCCUUCAGGAAGACCCGCCUCCUUCAGGAGGACCCGCCUCCUUCAGGAAGACCCGCCUCCUUCAGGAAGACCCGCCUCCUUCAGGAAGACCCGCCUCCUUCAGGAAGACCCGCCUCCUUCAGGAAGACCUGCCUCCUUCAGGAAGACCCGCCUCCUUCAGGAGGACCCGCCUCCUUCAGGAAGACCCGCCUCCUUCAGGAAGACCCGCCUCCUUCAGGAAGACCUGCCUCCUUCAGGAAGACCCGCCUCCUUCAGGAAGACUGUUAGAAUGA